AUGGGCGAUCUACCUAGUAGUCGUUUUGAGCAGGGAAGAGCCUUUUUAAUAAGUGGUUGUGAUUUUGCCGGUCCGCUGAUGAUAAAGGAGAGUCUUAGAAAAAGGGCAUGUAUAUUAAAAUGUUACGCUUGUAUAUUUAUUUGUUUUUCAACAAAAGCAGUUCAUAUUGAAUUAGUAUCUGACUUAAGUACAAAGUCUUUUUUAAAUGCAUUAGAUAGAUUUUUUAAUAGACGCGGGAUUGCAAAAAUCUUAUACAGCGAUAAUGCUACAAAUUUCGUAGGAGCUAAUAAAUAUUUAAAAGAAGUUUACGAUUUAUUUCAAUCUGAAGAGCACAAAAAUCAGCUGAUUAAGCAUGUUGCGCAAAAAGGCGUGGAAUGGCGAUUUAUUCCUGCGCGCUCGCCUCAUUUUGGGGGUUUAUGGGAGUCCGCUGUGAAGUCAAUGAAAACUUUAAUUUUUAAGGUGUUAGGGGAGGCAUUUUUAACAUACGAGGAAUUAAAUACUAUUUUAAUAAGGGCAGAAGCUUGCUUAAAUUCUCGACCAUUGACUACUCUUUCCCCAGAUCCAUCUGAUCCUUUAUUCCUUACACCUGCACAUUUUUUAAUUGGAGAGUCGCUUAUGUCUGUGCCAGAAGCGGACGAAACCGGUGUUCAAACCAAUCGAUUAGAUCGAUGGCGUCGUGUGCGACAUUUUUCCCAAAUGUUGUGGAAGAGAUGGAGACACGAAUAUUUAGCUCAAUUACAGGAAAGGGUGAAGUGGUCCACUACCAAGGGUCCUAAUAUUAACGUUGGUACUAUAGUUUUGUUACGCGAUGAAAAUGUAGCGUCAUUGAAUUGGAAUUUGGGUCGCGUACUAGUNAUUGAAUUGGAAGUUGGGUCGCGUACUAGCGGUACAGCAUGGUAA